CUGUCAUCCACCAUUCACUGAAGAAACACAUGUUUUUUAGAUCAGAGCUCAAACUAGAUUCACUUCCUAAGAAGUGAAACUCAGACAGUUGUUGCCACAGAGAGGUGAAAUGGCGCAGCAAGGAGCUCAGCUGGACAGAGCAAAAUUCAGCUGUUCGAUCUGUCUGGAUAUACUGAAGGAUCCAGUGACUAUUCCCUGUGGACACAGCUACUGCAUGAGCUGUAUUAAAAGCUUCUGGGAGAAAGAGGAUGAGAAGAAACUCUACAGCUGCCCUCAGUGCAGACAGACCUUCACACCGAGGCCUGUCCUGAUGAAAAACACAAUGUUAGCAGACUUAGUGGAGGAGUUGAAGAAGACUGGACUCCAAGCUGCUCCUGCUGAUCACUGCUAUGCUGGACCCGAAGAUGUGGCCUGUGAUUUCUGCACUGGGAGGAAGCUGAAAGCCUUCAAAUCCUGUUUGAAUUGUCCGGCCUCUUACUGUGAGAAACACCUCCAGCCUCACUUUGAUGCAGCUCCAUUUAAAAAACACAAGCUGGUCGACCCCUCCAAGAAGCUCCAGGAGAACAUCUGCUCUCGUCACGAUGAGGUGAUGAAGAUGUUCUGCCGUACUGAUCAGCAGAGUAUCUGUUAUCUCUGCUCUGUGGAUGAACAUAAAGGCCACGACACAGUCUCAGCUGCAGCAGAAAGGACUGAGAGGCAGAGAGAGCUCGAGGUGAGUCGACAAAACAUCCAGCAGAGAAUCCAGGACAGAGAGAAAGAUGUGAAGCUGCUUCAACAGGAGGUGAAGGCCGUCAGUCGCUCUGCUGAUAAAGCAGUGGAGGACAAUGAGAAGAUCUUCACUGAGCUGAUCCGUCUCAUCCAGAAAAGAAGCUCUGAUGUGAAGCAGCAGAUCAGAUCCCAGCAGGAAACUGAAGUGAGUCGAGUCAAAGAGCUUCAGGAGAAGCUGGAGCAGGAGAUCACUGAGCUGAAGAGGAAAGACGCUGAACUGAAGCAGCUUUCACACACAGAGGAUCACAACCAGUUUCUACACAACUACCCCUCACUGUCACAACUCAGUGAACCUACAGACUCAUCCAGCAUCAACAUCCGUCCUCUGAGCUACUUUGAGGAUGUGACAGCAGCUGUGUCAGAGCUCAGAGAUCAACUACAGGACAUCCUGAGGGAGAAAUGGACAAACAUCUCACUGACAGUGACUGAAGUGGACGUUUUACUGUCACAACCAGAACCCAAGACCAGAGCUGAGUUCUUAAAAUACUCACGUGAAAUCACAGUGGAUCCAAACACAGCACACACAUGGCUGUUAUUAUCUGAGGGGAACAGAAAAGCAAAAGUAAUGGAUAAACAACAGUCUUAUUCUAGUCACCCAGACAGAUUCACUGAAUCUUUGCAGGUCCUGAGUAGAGAGAGUCUAACUGGACGUUGUUACUGGGAGGUGAAGAGGAGAGGGAUACGAGCUUGUGUAGCAGUCGCGUACAAGAGUAUCAGAAGAGCAGGAGAAAGGCAUGAAUGUGGAUUUGGAUUGAAUGAAAAAUCUUGGUCGUUAGAUUGUGACAGUUACGGUUAUCGUUUUCGGUUCAACAGUAUAGAAACUAACACCUGGGGUCCUCAUUCCUCCAGAGUAGGAGUGUACCUGGAUCACAGAGCAGGUAUUCUGUCCUUCUACAGCGUCACUAAGACCAUGACUCUCCUCCACAGAGUCCAGACCACAUUCACUCAGCCUCUCUAUGCUGGACUUUGUUUUUAUGAUGGUGGAGUCACAGCUGAGUUCUGUAAACUCAAAUAGACAGAAGUCUAAGAUUCUGUCUUGCAAUUCUUCAUUUAUUUGUCUUCAUGUUUCUGAACUGAACAGAGAUCAGCUGUCAAUCAAACUGCGAUUGUCACUUUUUUUUCUUUUCAUUUGUUGUUCUGUUGAUGUUUUUAGUUUCUUUAAAUGUCACUUUUUCCUGUAUGAUUUCAGCCAUAGAGGCUAUCAGUGCUCAUGACAAUGUUUUUAAUUUUUAUUGACAUUUCUACACAAGUUCAAUUUUGUUGUUCUUUCUUUUGGUGGGCGGAUGAAGAUAAAGUUUUAUAUUUCUAAAAGUGGAUGUUGUAGCAUAUAGAAGAAGACUGAGUUUAUCCUUUAUGAAAAACUAUUAGAUUCUUGUUCUAAUCAGCAGCAACAACAUGAUUAACUGUUGGAUAUCACAUGUAAACUUGAGUUUUUCUCCAACUAGUUGAACAAAGACAUGUUGU